UCAAUAAGCAGUUGCAAGCAAAAGGCUACUGCGCUUUCUCACGAACUUCCGCAGCGAAGCCGCUCUCUCUCUUCUCCGCCAUUGUUGAAACGCUUUUUUCUUCAUACAUAAGUUCUACUUCUCUAUCUCGUUUGAUGCAUUGAAUCAAAAAGGUAUCAACGACAAUGGGUAUAUGCUUGUCAACUGAAUCGCCACCAAGGAAAAACCAUUCGAAACGCGUCACAAAUCAAUCAACUACAUCAGCCAAUAGCAAUUCAAGCAAUCGAUGGUCUCGCGUUCGAUCUCUUUCUAGUAAGAGAGAGAAAUUUGAUGAUGCUAUGAUUCAUGAACAUGCAAUCGCUGCCGCUCUCCUUUUCCAGCAAAAUGGCGGUGUUUUGCCUUUCGAUCGAUCAACUUCUCUCCGACAUCCUCCUGGCUCUGCGAACUCCAAACGUCACAAUCCUCUCCCUCGGAGUUCUAGUACUAGGCCUAGAUCGGUUGCUGAUCCUCUGUUUCCUCCUCAGCAGCUCCUUAAUCAGGAUCUAAAUCUUGAUGAACUGGAGACAAGCCACAUAGUCCUUGUUCAUGGAGGUGGAUUUGGAGCCUGGUGUUGGUAUAAAACAAUUGCACUUUUAGAAGAAUGUAAAUUCAAAGUUACUGCAAUUGAUUUAACUGGUUCUGGAAUCGAUUUGUUUGACACCAAUAGCAUCAAAAGUCUUUCACAGUAUGUAACACCACUCAUAGAUUUCUUGGAAAAGCUCACAGAUGAAGAGAAGGUGAUUUUGGUAGGCCAUGACUUUGGUGGAUCAUGUAUAUCAUAUGCAAUGGAGCUAUUUCCAUCUAAAAUUUCUAAAGCUAUAUUUAUCGCUGCUUCUAUGUUGAAAAGUGGUCAAAGUACUCUUGAUAUGUUCUCACAAAAGGAAAAUACAAAUGAUCUCAUGCGUCAAGCUCAAAAGUUCAUCUAUGCAAAUGGGAAUAAUUUGCCUCCAACUGCAAUUGAUCUUGACAAAAUGCUCUUAAAGGACCUUCUAUUCAAUCACAGUCCUCCCAAGGAUGUAGCAUUAGCGUCUGUUUCCAUGAGGCCGAUUCCAUUCCCACCAGUUCUAGAGAAACUCUCUCUUUCCGAUUCCAACUACGGAAAAGUGAGAAGAUUCUACAUAGAAACACCAGAUGACAAUGCCAUUCCAAUCGCCUUACAACAAAGCAUGAUAAACGAAUCCCCACCUGAAAAGGUGAUCGGUCAGUCACUGGUCAUCAUCAUCGCCAUCGCCUCCAAGCCACCACCAUCCUCCCCGCAAGCCACUGACUUCAUCUGCAGGUUUCUGGCGAGGGAUAGGUUUUCCAAGCCACCACCGCAAGCCACUAACUCCUCCAUCACAAGUGAACGUCAUCAUUACCACUGA